UAAAAGCUCAAGAUUUCCAAAAUAAAUAAGGAACUUCAGCCUGUGGCGGUCAGUAGUGAAGUYGUUGAGCAAUGAAAUUUUUACUUCUUUGUAUUUUCGUUCUUGCACCAUCUGCUGCUGUUUCUAAAGGCAAACAAGGAUACACUAUCAUGCGAAAAGCCCAAGCAGAUGGUUCGCCUGAUAUUUUUUGGCUUCCUUCAACUAUGUGCGAUGAUUCAGAUUCACAAUGCAAGUCAUUUGAAGAAUCUGCCUUCACUAGUUCUGGUGGUACAUGUGAAUGUAUCUGUCCAAAUGGAUCAGCCACCUUUGGAUUCCAUAACGGGAGCUGGAAUUGCAUAGAUAACAAAGUAUUCAGGAAACAGGCAGAUUGUAAAUAUAGAUUUGAAAAAGAGCGUGACGACGGUGACUCUAUUAAAGUAUUGUCGGCAGGCUUCCCUUACGUCGUGUAUCUUCCUUCUGGUCCGUGUUCGAUCAGUUUGUUCAAAUCAAGAUACUUUCAGUGUAAUGGCAUAUGGACUGGAUUAAAGAGCUCGAUAUUCAUGUCCCUAAAUAUAUCAGAUAAUAUGACUUUUCAUGGGCAUAGAAAUGGAAGUUCAAGGCAAUAUACAUUGAAGGUUGGCAAUGCAAGUUCUUUGACAGGAAGGAUUGUCAGUCUUCAAUUCAACUGUAGUGAACAUUCACCAUCUUCAUCGCCUUGCCUUUUAUUUAAGAUCGCAGGAACAAUAACAUGUGAGCUCAGGAAUUUAUCAGGUCCUAUAUCUUUUACACAGUCCUCAACAAGGAGAAGCUAUUCUUCAUCAUUUUCACAACCUUCAGCGAAGCUUACCAAGUCAACAGUUUUGUUAAGUCAUAAUGAGGAGUGGAGGAACAGUGGAGGAGUAUCACCACUAGAAACAGGAACAAUUACAGCUGCUGUCAUUAUUGUAGUCCUCGUCAUUACCAUCACUGGGGUUAUAAUCUGGAAGAAAAAAAGGGGAGAAAAUGUGUGGUGUAAGGAGAGAAUCGCAACCACAGUACAAAUAAUUUGUUUCUGGUUAGCUAAGGAAGAAAGUGACGAAGGAGAGCCGACCAACGAUCCGAUCUACGAUCAACCCCUACAGUUUAGACCGAUUCACGCUGUAACAAGAGGAACCACCAACAAUGGUUGCGAGGACCGAGACUCAAGAUACGUCUCUAACGACCAACUGAACGCAAACUUUUACCGUACGGUAACUAUUUGUGCAAUGAGAAAAAGUGGGUYGCUCAAAAAUGAUAAGGAAGAGCAAGGGACGCGUCCAGCCUCAUCCUCAUCGUCUUUAUAUAUCACACUCCAGGAUCUACAAACUGCACAACAAGAGGAGGGCCACGAGCAAGAUAAUCCACGUGAUUCUGUCGUUAGUGCAGAGAAAUUAUUGACUGAACGCGAUGGGUAUUUGGUGCCUCACCUAUAUACAACACAAUUAAAGCCAAACUAACUGCCCCAAAACGAACAAUGAUACAGCAGAUAAUGAACCUUGAGUAAAACUUCGGCUUGCGAUCAUUAAUAAUUGAUUACUGAGAAUGAAGAGUAGCCUUUGGAUGUGAAGUCUCGUACAUCUGUUCAAGAUUAAAAGAAGUUGUUAAGGCCACGUCCACACGUAUCCAAUGUUCGCGUCCACACGUAUCCGUUUUCGUAAAAUUUGCGGAUACGGACACAAAAAUUUGCGGGCACGUGUGGACGCAACCCGUCCGUAAAAAUAAAUUUGCGGAUACAAAAAUUUCCGGAUACGUGUGGACGGGGGGGCCUAAGAUGUUAAAAAAUUAGCCAGAAACGAGAGGAGAAAGUGAGGAGAAGGUGUUGUCAUGACGACUAGACUGGAUAGAGACUAAACUGAUUGUUAAAUCUGCAACUCGUUUGGAUUAUUAAAAUCGAUAUUUGGUAUUCGCGCUUUAGACCAAAUGUCGAGACUGAGAAUAUUAAUUAAUUUAAUAUAAAAGGUCAUAUGAAAAUUUUCUGCCAUGCUGGAUGUCAGAUGUGAUUGUGAGCCGCAAUUAAGCCGACGUUCAUUCCGCCAUACUUGGAUCUAUAUGUUCAUCAUUACAUUUUACGCAUGCGCAUUGCAUUGUUAAUUAAGCGUACUGAGUCAGAUUUGACAUCUAAAAUGGCGUUACAAUUAUCCCGCUGCAAUAGUAUUCGAGGCUUAGCUCAAAUAAGUUAUAAAAAUGUUAUUGCCGUGCCGCUUGUUUGCCUUAGUCCACAUGAUUAUGACGAUAUAUACACUUGUAAAUCAAGUGCUAUCUUUCAUCUACUUGACUUCUAAAGCAAUAUAAUGACAUUCCAAUCAUUUUGAAACGAUCUUAUUAUAGAUCCGACUAAGAACUGGACUUUCCUUGCUAAAAAUAAAUACAGGAGGUUCUGACCAGCUUUUUUUAA